CACUCGUACGGGUGUUGACGCGUGUAAUUCCCAGGGAUGCCGCUGCUGCGGGCAUAUAUGGAAGGGUGCUGUUAAAUUUCAAAGCACAGCCACACGAGAACAUUACAACAUCACACAAUAUCUGACAUGCAAGACACCAAGUGUCAUCUACAUCAUCCAGUGCAAAAAAUGCCCGGUGCAGUAUGUUGGGAAGACUUCGACCACACUGCAGAGAACAGUCGAAGAACACAGAGCUUCCAUCACAAAUCAGCAACGUCAGCCAGUCCCUGAUCAUUUCAACAACAAUGACCAUUGUCUUGAUCAUCUGAUUGUAUAUCCAAUUGAGCAGGUCAAUGGUUCUGAAGCACUAAAAGAGAGGGAACUCUACUGGAUCAGAGAGCUUGCAACAAUGGCCCAUGGACUAAAUUUGAUGCCAAAUAUAUGUGUGAAACACAGGACAGAGGAGGCUGUUCCAGAGACUGCUCCCAUGGCUCAAGCAGGUCCUUCUUCCAGGACUGCAGGCACUCGUACGGGUGUUGACACAUGUAAUUCCCAGGGAUGCCUCUGCUGCAGGCAAAUAACGAAGGGCACUGAUAAAUUUCAGAGUACAGCUACAGGAAAACAGUACAACAUCACCCAACAUCUGACUUGCAAGACACCAAGUGUCAUCUACAUCAUCGAGUGUAAAAAAUGCCUGGUGCAGUAUGUUGGGAAGACUGCAACCACACUCCAAAGAAGAUUCACCGAGCACAUAAGCUCCAUCAGAUAUCGCCAGCAUCGGCCAAUCUCAGAUCAUUUCAACAACCAUGACCAUUCUCUUGAAGAUCUGAUUCUAUUUCCAAUUGAGCAGGUCACUGGUUCUGAAGCACUAAAUGAGAGGGAACUCUACUGGAUCAGAGAGCUUGAUACAAUAAACCAUGGACUAAAUCUGGUGCCAUGUAACUAUGAGAAACACAGGACAGAGAAGACUGUUCCAGAGACUGCUCCCAUGGCUCAAAAAGGUCCUUCUUCCGGGACUGCAGGCACUCGUACGGGUGUUGACACGUGUAAUUCCCAGGGAUGCCGCUGCUGCGGGCAUAUAUGGAAGGGUGCUGUUAAAUUUCAGAGCACAGCCACACGAGAACAUUACAACAUCACACAAUAUCUGACAUGCAAGACACCAAGUGUCAUCUACAUCAUCCAGUGCAAAAAAUGCCCGGUGCAGUAUGUUGGGAAGACUUCGACCACACUGCAGAGAACAGUCGAAGAACACAGAGCUUCCAUCACAAAUCAGCAACGUCAGCCAGUCCCUGAUCAUUUCAACAACAAUGACCAUUGUCUUGAUCAUCUGAUUGUAUAUCCAAUUGAGCAGGUCAAUGGUUCUGAAGCACUAAAAGAGAGGGAACUCUACUGGAUCAGAGAGCUUGCAACAAUGGCCCAUGGACUAAAUUUGAUGCCAAAUAUAUGUGAGAAACACAGGACAGAGGAGACUGCUCCAGAGACUGCUCCCAUGGCUCAAGCAGGUCCUUCUUCUGGGACUGCAGGCACUUGUACGGGUGUUGACACAUGUAAUUCCCAGGGAUGCCUCUGCUGCCGGCAAAUAACGAAGGGCACUGAUAAAUUUCAGAGUACAGCUACAGGAAAACAGUACGACAUCACCCAACAUCUGACUUGCAAGACACCAAGUGUCAUCUACAUCAUCCAGUGCAAAAAAUGCCCGGUGCAGUAUGUUGGGAAGACUGCAACCACACUCCAAAGAAGAUUCACAGACCACAGAAGCUCCAUCAGAUAUCGCCAGCAUCGGCCAAUCUCAGAUCAUUUCAACAACCAUGACCAUUCUCUUGAAGAUCUGAUUCUGUUUCCAAUUGAGCAGGUCAAUGGUUCUGAAGCACUAAAAGAGAGGGAAUUCUACUGGAUCAGAGAGCUUGAAACAAUGGCCCAUGGACUAAAUCUGGUGCCAUGUAACUAUGUAGGAGAGCAGCCACUGGAUGAUGGUGAGGCAAGAUCAGAGGGACCAGCUGAUAGACAAGGGGAAGGAUCCAUGGAGUUUCCUCAGAAAGGUAAACGAAAGCUCGGUGGGAAUGAUGAUCGGAAAUCAAAGAGGAGAAAGCUGAAAAAUAAAGGACAGUCUGUGUUUUCAUAUGAAAUGGAAGAAAUCGUCUCAACCUGCAAAGAUGCAUUAGAAGAUGGAAAACAAACCAUAUCUGAGGUUUAUGCCAAACUCAAAGAUGUUACCUGCAGAGAGGAACAGAGCAUGCGAUUUCUGGAAGACCUAAAAAAGAAGAUCUCUUAUUUAAAAGAAAAUGUCCAAAAAGAGAAAAUUUACAUUGGACUGUUUGGGAAGACGGGAGCAGGGAAGAGCUCACUGAUCAAUGCACUUGUAAAUGAAAACCAGCUUCUGCCUUCAGGAAGCCUGCAUGCUUGCACGUCAGUCUUUGUACAUGUGCAAGCCAAUACAAAUUCCAGCAAAUACAAAGCUGAUAUUGAAUUCAUCAGCCCAGAGGAGUGGAAAUCAGAACUACAAUUCCUGGUGGAAUUACUCGAAAAAGAAAAUGACCAACAAAAGACUGCAGAAGAUGAUGGAAUGGUAGAAAUGGCAAGAGAAAAGAUCAAAGCCAUUUAUGGAGAAGAGGGACUGAAGAAAAGUUACAGUGAAUUGGUGGGGGCCAAAGAGUUUCCUGAGAUUCCCAACACAUGCAGGAAGACUAUGAAUUUUGACACCGCCCAAGAACUGUCUCGAAGCAUUGGAUGCUACAUUCGGAGUGAUAAAAAAACAGAGCAGCAGUUCUGGCCUCUUGUGAAGCGAGUCACCAUCUCCUUGCCACAGUCUCCAGCUAUACUGGAGGGGAUUGUGCUGGUGGACCUGCCUGGGGCUGGAGAUGUCAGUAAAAACAGAAGUGAGAUGUGGAAAGAGUGUCUCAGCCAGUGCUCCUCUGUCUGGAUUGUGAAUGAGAUGAACCGUGCCCUGUCUGAGAAAGUUGCUGACGAGAUCUUUGAUGAAUCACUGAGACACGUUGCUGGAGGAGGAGAGUGUCACAACAUCACCUUCAUCUGCACCAAAACAGAUAUUAUCAACCCCGAGGAGAUCAAAGAGAAUUAUCACGUCACAGAUGAGGAUCUUGAAAUAGAACUUGAUACUCAGGAUCCUCAUUAUGAAAGAAGAGAAAAACAAGCAUGUAUACUGUUCCGUAAUGAGAGAUUUAAAGUGGAAAUCAGUGCACACUUGAAAGAGAAAACCAAGAAAUUUCUGCUUGGCGAUGAAGGGGAUUCAGACGGCUUCUUUGAUGUGUACACUGUGAGUUCUGAAGAAUUCAGGAGAAUUGCACAAAGGAAGUCAACUGUUCUGGAUUGCAAUGAAACGGAAUUGCCAUUGCUGAUGGAGCACAUUAAGAAACUGUAUGUCUCCCAUUCCAUGAAGAAAGUGAAAGAUUAUGUAUCUGAGGUUUCUGGAAUCAUUUCAUAUCUUCACUUUUCAAAGGAUGCCCUCAGUUCAAAGGCUCAGACUUCAAAUUCCCAGGAGUUCAGCCGACUUGAAAAGGACCUGGAUAAGACUUGCACUACACUGAAUUCAGUUCUGAGCAGAGCUCACACAAAACUCCAGGAAGGUCUGGUGAUGGGAGCAAAGGAAGCAGAGAAACACUGCCUGACGAACGCCAAAGAGAGAGUGCUGGAACCAAGAUGGUGUGAUAACAGAGGCCACCACAAGACGCUCAAAGCCUUGUGUAAAAAUGACGGCUAUUACCGAUCUGGCAACGGAGUGGUAGUUGAUCUGAACUACACUCUGUCACAACCCAUGUACAAACAGAUGAAUGGCAUCUUUCUGACAACGUUUGGGCCUGGAGGUACGAGAGCAUCAAUCAAUGGGCAAUUUGCAAGUUUUCAAGAGAACUUCAUCAAAGGUGACCUUCUGAAAUAUAACAGAACAAAGAAUAAAGAAAAAUACCUGCGUCUGGUGUACAUUAGAACAGAGCAAAGAAAAUUGCACAAGAAUUUGGAAAAGAAAAUCCUAAAGAGAAAGAAGCUGAUCUACAAUUCCCUCAGUGAUUCAAUCUGUGACACCAUGAUGCCAACAUAUCAAGAAUGUGCUGCUAUCCACGGAAAAGAUGUUUUAAUGAAGUUACAAGAGAAACUGCAAAGUGCAAUUACGAAAUCCAAAAAUUACAUGUUCCGUGAGUCCAUGAAGAAAAUGCUGGUUGAGUUCAGUGAUCUGCAGAAAUACCUUGUGGCAGAAAUUAAGACACAGAUGACAACCUCCUUGAGACUGGCUCUAAACCAGAUCCCAGAUGACAUCACUGGCCUCCCAGAUGUUUCAGAAGAAAUGAAGACAAUGGAGCGAAGCUGUGAAGCUUUAGGCCUCCAGCUUUUUUAACUCAAAGCGGAUGAUGGAUUCAGCUGGACCAGAAUUAUGAAAUGAAAUGGAGAUCACCAUGGCAACCAUCCAAAUACGGUUGCUAAAUUUCCAGAAUAUUCUGGGGUGGACAGAUUAAUGACAGAUUAAUACUGAAUUCCAACAUUUGAUCAGUUGAGAGAGAUUUGACAGUUUAACUGGCCCCUUGGAAAUAUUUUACUCCUAAGUCAAGUACAGUAUGUAUAGCUACGUAUAUAACCAUAGCUUUUUAUUUUAGUGCUAAGUGCUUAUCUUGCUAGCUAGUUACUUAAGUUACCUUCUUGAUUCUGCCAGCAAAUCUAAAUAUAAUAAAUAAUAGGUGCACAGGGGAGGGGGGAUGUGUGUGCUCUUUUAAUUCAUUCACUGCUUCACUGUGCUACAAGGUCACAGAUUCCCAUCUCUGAGUUUGGGGGAAAAGUGGUCUGAAAUGAACACACGGAACCAAUGCUGUUUGUGUUGAAUAACUGCAGUCAAGUGAACUCAUCAGUUCAGUUCAGCACAGCAAAGCAAAAACGUUCCUUAAACAGUUUCAUAUUAAUUCAUAAUUUUUUUGUAAUUUUAUACAGAAAGCUGAUUUUCUGCACUUCUUAUUUUUAGUGGUGGCUUAAAUUAAAGUAGUUAAAGAAAACAAUUUGUUUAGUUUGGUGUAUGCCAAUAUAGGCUAAUCAUAAUAUUUCAGUGUGUGAUGACUUCUUUGUGUGGGAUUUGUAGUGGGAAACUGGGGCUCUUGGGGGUUUCACCAUAAUAUUGUGUGUUUACUUUUUCCAUUCAAUUACUGUAUGCAUUAUAUAAUCAUAUCAAUAAUCAUCCAUAAAGUAGAAUGUAUCCAGUAUAAGAAGGGAAUUAUUCUGUACUGUGUGUGAUUUGUUGUUUACCAGCUGAAUCACUUCAAUUUUUAAAAUAGCUAAAUUGUUACUUGAACUUCAGUGUGAUUCACGUAUAAUUUAGAGAAGCCAGGGCAUGUUGAAUGUACAAAGAAAGUUUGUUCUGGGACUGACAGUCGGUGGGGAGGGAGACGCCUGAUGGCAAAAACAUAUCCAGUUCUCUCUGUGGCAAACCUGACCCAGUUAGGACAGGAGUCCAUGUUGCCUGGCCACAAGCUUGGGUUGCUUGGCAACAGGUAACCUUUUGCUCUCCCAACUCCUCAUAUUACUCACAAAGUUGUGUCUCAUGACAUGAUGGAUAAUGCUAUUAGUUUAUCACAACACCAAUGUGACCAAAUGAACAGGUGAUUCUAUACAUUUCUCCGAAAGACAUGUAUGUCAGAUUAGGUAUAGUGCUGCUUGAAAGUUUGUGAACCCUAUUUUUGUAUAAAAUAUUGAAAUAAACUUAGAAAAUAUUUGAUCUAAACCCCAAUUUGUAAUGUAGACAUUCCAAAUAAUGGAAAUGAAAAAACAGCAAUAUAUUUUAAUUGUUUAAGUGGUUUGUUUUACAAAAACUUCAGCUUGUGGCAGCUCCAUUACCUGUGAUAACGUGGAGUAAUUGUCUCUUACAGCCACUAAUCAGUCUCUGACAUCUGUUUUGAUGGAUUUUUGCCCACUACCUCUUACAGAACUCAGCCAAUUGAGUGAGUUUUGAGGGGUGUCCAGCAUGAGUUGCCCGCUUCAGGUCCUGUCACAGCAUCUCAACUGGAUUUAGGGUCAGGACUUUGAUUUGGCCAAUUCAAAACACAAAUCUACGUUCUUUGGUAGAUUUGCUUGAAUGCUUUAGGUCGUUGUCUUGUUGGUAGACCCACUUUCGACCCAGCUUUAGCUCCUUGACUGAUGAAGAUGCCAAGUGUUUUGACUAUAACAAGGCUUCUGAUAUUAUAUACUUAGAUUUCCAAAAAGCAUUUGAUAAGGUACCACAUGAGAGACGUAUUAGCAAAAUAAAGCCAGUGGAAAUUACAUUGUUGGGCUGAAUGGCAUGUUCUCAUCGUUAUGUUAUGUUAAAUGGUAUUUCACAACAAUUCAAUGCUUUGUAUCUCUGUAUUGCAUUGUGUUGCCAAAGGUGCUCAUUUUUUUACUGACAAUGUACCUGUUUUUUUUUUUUUUUCAAAGAAAAUAAAAUGAAAACAAUUA